GGUAGAGCAUCACAUGAUAGCUGCAGCUCUGUGCGCCGCGUCUCUUCCUGAGCAGCAGCAGCUUCAUGUAAACACGGCGCGCGCAGGGCUUUGUUUCACACGCACUCCGCUGGUAUCCCCUUGUUAUAGUCAUGCCAUGGAUAUUUUGUGGCAAUACCAAUUCAGGAUCAUUUUACUCGGGGAUUCCACAGUGGGGAAGUCGUCGCUGCUGAAACGCUUCACGGACGGGAUCUACAGUGAGGUGGCGGAUCCGACGGUCGGGGUGGAUUUUUAUGCCCGAUCGCUUGAUAUCGAGCCCGGGGUGAAAAUCAAGCUGCAGCUCUGGGACACUGCUGGACAGGAGCGAUUCAGGUCCAUCACCACAUCAUACUACCGUAACUCCGUGGGCGGGCUACUGGUGUUCGAUCUCAGCAACCGCAAGACCUUUGACCACGUGAGGGAGUGGCACAAGGAGGUGAGCGAGCACAUUCUGCCCCACCACAUGGUCUACAUCCUCAUCGGCCACAAGAGCGACCUCAACAAGGACCGCAAGGUGAGCCGGGACGAGGCCGACCAGCUGGCGGCCGAGAUGGGCAUCCGCUACGUGGAGACGUCGGCCAAGUGCAACAGCAACGUGGACCGGGCCUUCGAGCUGCUGACCAGAGACAUCUACGAGCUGAUGAAGAUGGGGGAGAUCGUCACCCGCGACGGCUGGGACGGGGUGAAGAGCGGCCUCACCGCCAAGGUCCUCUACCCGGCCGACGACGAUGAGGGACUACCUACCGCGGUCGCCGAAAAGGGCUGCCACUGCUGACUGUGAACUGUGUCCAAACACUGCCCCCGUCACACCAAGAGCUCACCUCGUCUCACAGCCGUCCAUCGAAACCAAGUCACUCAGGCUCAGCACCCUGUGAUAUCACCAUCACUUCCUCACCUCGUGCUCCGUGCCCUCUCAGCGUGUGGGUUCUUCUGACAGCUGGGGUUUCUAACGUGGGGCCAUUGUACAUCCCAAUGUGUAUCUUAUAGGCAAGUUGUAUCUCUAAAGCCGUGUGGCGUCGCGUGAGCGGAG